AUGGCAACUGCAUUCCAUCACUUCAUGGAAACUAUGAAGAAUGUGAUUUUGCUGCACUGCAUCAUUCAACCCGAGUCCAGUGGCGGCGAAUCCGAAGUGACCGACGGGCUGUCGGUGUGUGAUCGUCUGAAGGAAAUGGACGAGGACUGCUAUAAGACGCUUUCCUCGGUGCCGGUAAGGUGGAUUGACCGCGGCCACGACGGCGGCUACAACUUUCAUAACGUUUACGUCUCGCCCGUAAUUUGCGAAGACAGUUGUGGGAAUGUCAAGAGAAUUAAUUUUAGUGAGCAUCACAGAGAUUCGAAAUUUCCUGUGUCAAUAGAUAGAGUACACAUUUGGUAUGAUGCAAUCGAAAAAUUUGUAAAGAUUGCGUACAACGAAAAGAUCAUCAGCACUUUUAAAAUGAAACCGGGGGACAUUUUAACUUUUGACAACCAUCGAGUACUUCACGGAAGAAAAGGAUAUCAAGGCUCUAGAUUAUUGAUUGGCGGUUAUUUGGACUGGGAUUUAAUAAAAUCAAGAACUCGUGUACUUCAAUCUCAACUGUCUAAUACAAAUAUUAACUAAUCAUACAUAUAACUUAAAAAUAUAAAAGUAAAAUUUGUAUGUAAUCCAGUAAUGGUGAACCAUAAACUAGGUAUACAAAAUAAGUACAGUUAAACAUGAUAUAAAUUGUAUGUACCUAUAAUAAAUGUAACGUAAUUUA